AUGUCUCUUGCGCAGGCAAUCCCCCAGGCGGGCCCGUCGAACUCGGCGCCGAAACAGAAGGAGCCGCAGACGUUUGAGUUCACCAAGCGGAAGCGGUGGGCAGACCUGCUCAUUACCGAACUCAGCGACGCGAUUAUCCUCGUGCUUAAUGCGACAGGGAAGGUGUGGUACUGCGGGGCUGCAGUGACAGAAUUGUUGGGAUGGAGGGACGAGGAGCUCGUUGAUGGCGAUCUUGUCAACCUCAUGAACGUUGAUGAUCGCGCGAGCUUCCGCACAAUGUUCGCUGAUUGCCUACACACCCGACGUCCCCUUCUUGCAUACGCGCGUCUGCAGUGCAAGAACGAGUUCUGCGUCGCCCACGACUACUCCUCGCGCCCUCGCGAAGUCCUCUUCGAGAUAACCGGACAGCCCCACGUCAGUCCCCAAACCGAUAAAUUCCAAUGCUUUUUCGCUACGGCCAAGCCAUACCCCAGUCGUAACACAGCCAUGCUCAACACGUUCCUCGAACUCAAGGUGGAGAACGAGCGCCUGCAGCAGCGCCUCCUCCAAUUGCGUGCACAACAGCAGGUUCUCGAUCCACAGGCAAGUCCCGCUGCAUCUACGUCUUCGGCUCCUCCCCCGAAUGCUCUGCCUCAAGACUCGUACUAUGGCAUUCCAUCUGGUGGUUCGUACGACGAGGUGUUACCCAGUCCUAUGGCGAGCAGAGUUAGCUUCAACACUAGAGGCAGUUUCGACACGAGUGGAUAUGCCGCUCCUUCUUCUGCCUCCGGUUCUGGCAGUGUGGAUGAUGAGACGACCGAGGCACAGCGAAAGAAGGUCAAGAGAAUGCAUGCCGCGGAACAGUAUGUAUGCGUAACAUGUGGGCGCACGGACUCGCCUGAAUGGCGCAAGGGUCCUCUUGGACCCAAGACGCUCUGCAACGCGUGUGGUUUGCGGUGGGCGAAGAAGGCGCGAAAGGAGCCUGAUGCCGAAGGCGACGCAUCAGGUCCCUCUCUUCUAUUCUAG